UUUUAUGAUAUAAGUAACUUUGACCAGAUGAACCCUUACACACUAAUGUCCAAAACUGAAUGUAUAUAGUGGACUUUAUAUAAAUGUGAUUGGAAUGAUUAAUUGAUACUAACCAAUUAUUACUGCAUAACAACCAUGCUAAGGUGAAUUUCCCUAAUUAUAAGAGUGAUUCGGACCCCAAUAAUAAUUUAGGUUUCUUCGGAAAGCAUAAGAAAAAUAUGCUUUAGCUGAAUAGAUUAGGUUCACGAAUAGCAUAGAUAGAUCUUGUUUAACAAUUUCAAUGAUACAAAUCAAUGUUUUUCUGUUUGUUAAUUAUAAAUUUUUAAUUGCUAUUUGCCUUGAAAUGUAUCCCUAGUGUCACAAUUAGUUCUUAUUCGGAUAACUAACAAAAAUUUGUAAAUUGGUUGUAACUGCCAGUUGAUCGGUAUAAAUAUUAUAAAAACUGAUUCCAUAGUCAGUUUAUUUGAUGCUCCAUAGAAGUGUAAAAGCAUUCACUCAGAACUUUUUUGAUUAUUUGUCUGAUAUUUAAACGUGACUUUAAGUAUGAAGUACUGGGAUUGUAAGUUUCAUACCGUCUUGUUUUCUAAAUGGUGUCAGCUUCAAUUAUCGUAAGAACGAAAACCGUAUAGCUGUGAAUAUUUUAUAUGAUUCCACACACAUUCAAUGUAAUUAUGAUUUCAGCUUUUACAGGCAGUUAACAAACGCACUGUACACAACCAUACCAGCGAUGGCUGAUCUCUGUGUGGUUAGUCCGAGUGAAGACUUGGUUUACAGAUGGAGGACCGCAUGUAACACCACCUCGUCGACAGUUUGAAAUAGCUUUUCGUAUGUUUGAUAUUAAUGGAGAUGGGGAAUUAGACAUAAACGAGUUUGAAGUUGUUCGUUCGGUAAUUAUGGGCACUACUGCUAUGGGUCGUCGUCAUCGUGAUAAUUUAACAACAGGUUGUACUUUGAAACCAGGGAGUUCUAAUAGUGCUUUCAAACGCUAUUUCUUUGGUCCAAACGGUGAUCAGAAGUUGCCAAUCAGUAAAUUUCUUCAAUUUCAUUCUGAUUUACAAGAGGAGAUUAUGCGUCUAGAAUUUGAAAGAGCUGAACCAAAGAAUGGAAAAAUUACUGAAGUACAAUUCGCCAAUUCUCUACUUGUUUAUGCUGGAUUUUCUGAGAAUAAAAGACGUAAAAUGAUUCGUCGAGUAAAAGCAAAAUUUCCUAUAGAUUCUGAUCAGUCUAGUGGUAUCACGUAUAAAGAUUUUUCUGAUUUCAGUCAUUUACUUCGAUCUAUUGCUGAUGUGGAUACUGCUUUAACAUUUUAUCAUAUGGCUGGGGCAUCAAUUAAUCAAGAUACUUUAAACCAUGUUGCUUCGACUGUCGCCAAUCUUCACUUGUCACCACAUGUUUUAGAUGUUGUGUUCACUUUAUUCGAUGAGAAUAAUGAUGGACAAUUAAGUUAUCGUGAAUUUGUUGGUGUUAUGCGACAUAGACUCUUACGCGGUUUGGAUAAACCUAUGGAUACAGGUUUUAUUCGAUUACUUAGUGCUGUAUUUCAUUGUACUAAAGAACAAAUCAAUCUUGGAAUUAGUUCUACUUAUAAAGUAAGGAAUGGCUCCAAGAACUUUCGGUGGUCAAAACGGGAUUGUUUAUCACCUGAUACUGAGACAAUUAAUUUGGUCGCUCUUGUAUUCGAAGAUUCUGAAUUGUUUGAGGCGGAAGCAGCUGAAUUAAGUGUUGACGAGUCAGACGAUUCUUUUUCUCUACUUAUUCGUAAUGAUAGUUUAUUCGGUGAAAUCAAUCCAGAAGAAUACAGUACAUUACCUAGAAGCCAUCAUUCAAAUUUAUCUGCGCAUAGUUUGGCGACAACUUCAAUCGUAACGCCAACUCAUCAUGCACAAACAAUAGAAUUUAAUUUGAUUUCUACCUCACAAUUUGAAUCAUCUGGAUCAAACUCUAAUGAUCAUAAAUCACAUUCCGCUUCAAGUUUCAUUGAUGUUGGUCGGAUUCAUGGUUUUCUUUCUACAUUGCCUGUUCAUGUUUUAAGUAUCAGUACCAGUUUCCCUUGUUCACCUUCUUCAUGGCCGUGGCAUUUACUUGCUUACACUGAUUUUCCAGCUUUUGUGCAUGCUAUUACUUCUGAUUUAAACUGUUUCUGGAAUUUAUUCAAUGGAAAUGCGAGUAAACAUUCAAAUUUUGUUGAUGUUAUCCCAUGUGAUUCAGCGUUUGACUUGACAACUUGUAAUUUAACAUGUCAAGCUGAAGUUGAACUAGUUAAAUGUGAUGAUACAUUCAUCCAAACUAAUUAUCAAAUGAAGUGUAUAAAUCCGUCAACCUCAACACCGAGAAAUGAAAAAGACAGUGCAAUAGUUACCCAUAAAUGUCUUCAAACUAGUCAAAAGUUAGUCCCACUUUUCUGUGUUGGAGACCAACUUAAAAUCAGUGAUGAAAUGAAUAUUGUCUUAUUUCCUUUAUCCGGUCUUCAUCCAAAUCUGUUAAAUGAUAGUCAGUUAUGCCAUUCCACCUUUACAGCUGUCUACCUACUCCUCAUUAAUGAUGAUUCCAAACCUGAAAUUAAUACCAGUGGGGAUAUAUCUAAUCUAAGUACCAAUCACGUACAGAAUACUGAAGGGUCCUGUGAUUAUGGCCUUAUAGACGAUACUUUUUCUGAUAAAAAUGAUCAGCUACACAAUACACCUAUCGUUCUUACACUUCUAGUUCAAAUUUUACCGUCAAAACAGCUUACUUGUCCGAUUACAGUUAACCAUAAAUUAUGUCCAUUUCCUAUGGUAUCUGAUUUAAAGUUAUUUAAUGGUCAAAAGUUUACUGUUCUUUUGGCUGUAGUCGAUUUGUUAGUUAGUAAGAAUGACAAUGAUGAAUUUCAGUUACACGGUGUCUUGCAUCAACGUUUAAAUUAUUUGUCUGACUUCAAAUUUGAACUCUUUCUCCACAACCAACCAUAG